CGCGCACACAUCGCUCCGGAGAGAGAGCCGCUCUCCUCUGCCCCAGCCCGGGAACGAAGCCAGAUCUGCCAGUGAGCCGAAGGCUUCAGGAGUAGGAAAGUGUGUCCGAGGCACACCACGAGCGCUCCAAUGGCCAGCAACAACACUGCCAGCAUAGCACAAGCCAGGAAGCUGGUCGAACAGCUGAAGAUGGAAGCCAACAUCGAUAGGAUAAAGGUCUCCAAGGCAGCCGCAGACUUGAUGGCCUAUUGUGAAGCGCACGCCAAGGAAGAUCCUCUCCUGACACCGGUGCCGGCUUCAGAGAACCCAUUCAGGGAGAAGAAGUUUUUCUGUGCCAUCCUUUAAGUCUUUGCGGGGAGCCUGCAGAGCCUCAGGGCUCCUGGGACACCGAUGGAGAGUUUUUAGCAAAGUGGACUCCUUUCUAGUCCACAGCAUUUAAAGCCGAAGAGGAGAACCAUCCUGGAAGCUCCGGGCUCCGCAUGUUUAAAGAGCAAGCCCCCUUUACAAGAAUGAAAGCCAACCCUCGCCAUGAGCUAGAGAUCUGGUGUCCGCAGAACUGCCUGGAGGAGGGGAAUCUGUAAAGAUAAAAUUGUUGUCACUUCCUUGCUGGUAUUCCCCGCCCCCACUGAUGUCACUGCUUCAUAUUUUUAAAAGAGGGAACAUGGAAACCGACAGCUGUCUUGAGCUGACCUUGGAGUGACUAUUGUCUGUAGAAUCCCUGUUGAGUUGUGUCCUGUCAUCACAGUCAGGUUUAAUGACGGUAAUGUUAAUGUCGUCUUGGUGCCUUUCUUUCUUUUUCUGUCCUUUUCCCUCGCCUCCUCCCUCCCCUCCCCAUUAGAGUUGUACCGAGAUACUGAACUCCGAGAGUAGCUGGUUUGUUUAGAGAGAGGCUCCCCAGGGUGUCUCCUCAUGGCAGUCAGAACAAAAAGAAAAACCAUGUCGGUUGUCUAUGUUCCCGUCACUAUUCCUAACCUGUGUACAUGAUAGCUUUGAUUCUGCAAGUAAAAGUAACUCAUGUGUUGUGACCGGUGCUUUCAUAUCCUUGUGACAACUUUCGAAUAUUAUUGCAUGAAAAACGCCCCUCUGUUAAUAGCCAUUCAGAAGGGUCAUUGUUUUACUAUCCAGUCGGGAGAGGAAACGAGUGAGCAAGCGUGAUCUUGGAACACUGAGAUGACUUACGCGCCUUAGCCAUGCCUAAAAUACCUCCUAGUUCACCACGGCGUAAAUGCCUCUUCAAAAUAGUCUCCAGAUUCCGAAGCAUCUGGCUUUUAGCUAGGAUCCAGGGUAGCAUGGGGACCACUGAGCAGGAGAGGUAGAUUCACCUUCAGUUAGUCAUGAGCCGAUUUUGCCACCGAAGGAGCCAGCCCCCUCUUCUUUCCCUGAGGCAUGGAAAUUCUCCACUGAAAGACCACUUCCCAUUCAUCUUAAGUAGAAAGCUGGGCCCUCCAGACAGAACCCUGGCUGCCCACCCCCACCCCCCACAAGAGGAGCGCCCUGUUUGGGGGACAGAGGCAGCUCCCACAGCUGACUCCUCAGAGGAAGACCCCUUCUAUCACAGACACAGUUUCCUUUUUCACUCAGCACAUUUUCCAAGAGAUCUUUUUGGUUUUACUUUGUUCUCCACAUUGUUUGCUAGUGGUUUCUGGUCUUUCUUUACAACAUUCUUGCAGCAAGCUCUCUUCCUAGGACAGGCUGUGGAGAGUGAUUGUUCCUGUCUGCUGCAAACCCUCCCCCCACCCUCCAACCCCAACCCCCAUGAAGGGGACCCCUGGGAGCCUGUGCCACAUCUUUCCCUGUCAUUCCCAGGCAGAGUAGGGCCUUGUGUAUGUCUUCUUGUUUGCUUUGAAAUCCCCCCGAACACGAGGGAGCAGAAAAACUGGGAGUGUAUUUAUCAAAGUAUAAUAUGAUACAAUUUGCCUAGCAGUACAGUGGAAUCAGCUAAAAUCUUUGCACAUUUUUCAAAUGAGCCAAAACAUAAAUUGGAUAUGUGGUCACACAAAACAAUGGAAUAAAGCAUGCUUUGGCAGUAAUUAAGGUUCUAUUAUAAGACCCAGAUGGUUUUCUUAAUCCACACCAUGUCUUUUCUCUCAAAAGAAUUCUUUGUAUUUCCAUAUAAAUCUAGAUCCUUAGAACAAUUAAAACGGAAUCAAAAUUUUCCAGAAACACUAUAAUCCAAGUCUGAUCAUUAAAAAAGCAGGGCGUCCGAGCUGCAGGUGGCUUAUCCUAAAAGGGAAGAGAAAGGUAGGAAAUACACAGCCCAUUUGAAAUGAAAUUUAAAGACUAUAUUUUGCUUUACUCAAUUUCCUGUCUGAUCGUUCAGGGGUAUAUCCGUUUUUAUAUGACCGUUGGCUUUUUGCUACCUUUAAUUAUUAAGGGAAGAUCCUUUUAAAUUUUUAUUGCGUAUGUCUCUAAACAGGUUUAGUUACUUUAGAAAUUCAACUAUCCUCUUCAUUAGCAUAAUUUGUCUUAAGGGAUAACUAGUAAGAAAAUGAAGCCCACUUUUUCAAGGCCCUCCUUUCUGUAUAUAAUGUGCAGACAGUAAUGAAAAUAGGCCCCAGAAUUAAUUGACAAUAACCUGAAUAUUCAGAAUGCAGACGUCAUAAAGCAAAAAAAAAAAAAAAAGAAUCUUAUCUCACCAUCAAUAUUAACUCUGCUUUCCAAUUUAUUUUUCAAUUUUAAACCAAGUAAUAUUUGAUAAAUCAGGGGGUAUACGUAAGAACUUUGGUCUGGAUCUGACGUUGCUAAUACUGUUUCAAAGGUGAAGGUAAAACAAGAAAACACAUGUCUGCAGGCGUCACCCUGUUCUCCUAGGGGAGAUGGAUAAAAUCAAGGAUGCUGCUGUCGGGGAUUCUUAAACUCGUGUCUCCUUGUUUGCUCCUCGCUGCUCCUGGCCACAGUGAAUCGUUCGUAUAUGUUACUGUUGUCACGCAUUCUUCCUGUGCAAGACCUGCGUGGCGUGACUUUCUAAAGGAGGGAAAUAGCAGAAAUGUUAAAACAGGAAAACCUGAAUGUGAUGUGUGCAUUUUCAUCCCAUCUGGACAAUGUAUUUGUUUUAAUAAAUGGAAUUUCAGAUCCA